CUUAUGCAAGUUUCGAGCUGCAGGCGUCACAGUUUUCACAAUAGUGAUUCUAAAUAUUACCGACAUAAUCCGGCUCAAACUUGUACAGGUCUUCAUUGUCACUCUGUAUGGUGCUGCACUGAGAGUCUUGUCAUGGUGGAUGUUGGGAAGUGGCCAGUAUUUGCCUUGCUUCCGCCACAAGACCUCCGUUCAAUUCGUCUGGCCUGUGUCUUCGGCACAUCUGGCAAUGAGACCUUGUAUGUCACAGAAAAUGAUGAGGUAUUUGCCUUUGGUACUAACUGCAGUGGCUGCUUAGGAACUGGAGAUAUUCAGAGCACAAUUGAGCCCAGGAAAUUAGACAUCCUGUGUGGUAAGAAGAUUGUUCAUCUAAGUUAUGGGAGUGGACCCCAUGUGGUGCUUACAACUUCAGAUGGAGAAGUUUAUGCCUGGGGGAAUAAUGGUUACAGUCAGCUAGGAAAUGGGACAACAACUCAAGGUUUAUCUCCUUGUCAGAUUUCCACCAAUUUGCUCCACAAGAAAGUAAUCGAGGUAGCCUGUGGAUCCCAUCAUUCCAUGAUUCUGACAUCUGAUGGAGAAGUUUACGCGUGGGGUUAUAAUAACUGCGGACAAGUUGGAUCAGGAUCUACUUCUAAUCAGCCGACACCACGAAGAGUAACCAGUUGCCUACAAAAUAAAGUGGUUGCAACCAUUGCCUGUGGUCAGUCAUCUUCUAUGGCAGUGCUGGAUAAUGGAGAGGUUUAUGGUUGGGGCUACAAUGGUAAUGGGCAACUUGGCCUGGGCAGUAAUGGAAAUCAGCCAACCCCAUGCAGACUGGCCGCACUACAGGGAAUUCAUGUGUGUCAGAUUGUCUGUGGCUAUGCUCACACUCUGGCACUGACAGAUGAAGGUUUACUUUAUUCCUGGGGAGCAAAUGCAUAUGGCCAGCUGGGCAGUGGUGUGAAAAGCAACCAAUCUUGUCCUGUGCAAAUCACUGUGGAUAGAGAAAGGAUUGUGGAGAUUGCUGCUUGUCAUUCCACUCAUACCUCAGCUGCUAAGACCCAAGGUGGUCAGGUCUACAUGUGGGGCCAGUGUCGAGGGCAGUCAGUCAUUCUACCACAACUCACUCACUUCUCUUGCACAGACGAUGUGUUUGCCUGCUUUGCAUCUCCUGCAGUUACAUGGCGUCUCCUGUCUGUAGAAAGCGACAAUCACUUGACGGUGGCACAAUCAAUGAAGAAGGAGUUUGACAGCGCAGCAACCUCAGAUCUAAAGUUUCUCGUGGAUGGAAAGAUUAUCCAUGCUCACAAAGCAGUUCUCAAAAUAAGAUGUGAACAUUUCAGAUCCAUGCUUCACGAUGAUGAGGUGAUUGAGAUUGACCAGUUUAGCUAUCCAGUGUACCGUGCCUUUCUAGAAUACUUGUACACAGACUCUAUCAAUCUACCUCCUGAGGAUGCAAUAGGCCUUUUGGAUUUGGCAGCAUUUUAUGGAGAGAACAGCUUAAAAAAUCUUUGUGAGCAGACUAUUAAACAAGGCAUUUCUGUGGAGAAUGCAAUUACUUUAUUGUCAGCUGCAGUGAAAUAUCAGGCAAAGAUACUGCAAAGUUCAAGAGUAAGGAGUCAUAAUUCUCAGAAACGAGCUAACUCCACUUCAGUUUCGGUCAACGCAGUUUUCACAGGGUUGGAAGAGUUUUGCUUUAAGUUCUGUGUCAAUCAUUUGACAGCCGUGACACAAACACAGGGCUUUUCUGACAUGGACCAUGAGCUCUUGAAGAAUUUCAUCAGCAAGGCUGGCAAGCAUGGGGCAUUCCGGAAUUGAGGCAAGAAUGUGAGCAGAUACUGAAUACACUGGGUCUCCUGGUCAGUUUUCUCUCCCCUCAUCCUAAUCAGUUUAUCUGUCCCUACCCCUUCAGAUGUCAACUCUGGCAGGAUUAGAGUUUCACAUGUGUUAACUGCAAUUGUGCCCAAGAAGCCAUUGUUUCUUUAUUAGCUUUAAACAGGCUAUUCAAGUAGGGAGGUAUUACAGCUGAGCUCUUUGCUCAGCAUUUAAGAUUACAUAAUUCUAAGGAGAGUUUGCUCAACAUUGUUUUGGGGAUGAUUCCUUUGACUUCUCCCUGUAACUGCUGCCUGUUGCAACAUCUCUUGCUGAGACAUGGCAUGGAUCAGCAAUCAAACCUGCUUCCACAUAAAAAUAGUUCAACUGCUCAUGGGAGGAAAUGUUUACUCAACCAUUGGGAGUUUAUUUUCACUUUGAAGAAAAGGAUCAACAUCACAAGGGUGAAACAUCAGAUUAUGAAAGUCAUUCUUUCCAUUUUUUUCACACAAGUACCUAAUAAGGCUAUGGGAAACACUUCUGAAUUCUGGUUUAAUGUAUAAUUCAGGACUAUGCAUCAUAGCUUUAAGAAUAUCCUUUAGUUCAUGCAGCUGCUGAUUUCAUAACACUGUGCAUACUCCAAAAUAACAUGUUAUUCAUUUUUGGAAGAAUUUUGCUUUUCCUGAAUCAAUACAACAUUUCCACCAGUCUAUACAAAAUGAAGGAUAUCCACAUGUGCCAGAUACCUCAAUAGAUCAGUUUAUUAAUCAUUGUAUCACAUGGAAAUACUAGAUUCCAGCCAAAGGUUCCUAGUGCUGUAUUAUUAGGCAUCCAAAUGAGCUGGAUAAAUCUUAACUAGCCAUCAGAUGCGAUGGGGAGCGAGAGAGAGAAUUAGAAGAUGAUUGAAGGUUUUAUGGAUGUAAUUCCAGCAGCUAACCAUUUAUUAUCAGUUUCGAUGCAUAAUCAGAUUACUGUCCAUAAGUGAUUUAACACAUUACUGAAUACACAUUUGGAAUAAUACAGUUGCAUCAAUGGUGAGCUGUUUUAGUAAAUUGGUGUCAAUAAACAGCAUAAGUGAACAGAGUAGAUGGUGGUUGGAAACUUCCAUUUCAUUAGGAAGGAAAUAAAUACAUUUGCAUUGACUAAUGUUUUAAAACGGUUUCUAUUGUGACACUUUCUGGUUCCUUUUCUGUGCCCUAGACAUGACAGAAUCUAAAUUAUAGUAAAUUAGAAAGAGCCUUAAAAAUUUACAUUCAUCCCCCGGGGUAUGAGUAGGUGGAGACUGUAGUGGUUGUAAUGAGUUCCCUGACUGGACCAGAUUGAGGCUGUUCGUCAGGGAGCCCUGGCUGACAGAUAUAAACAGGGGUGUCAGACAUCCUGUUCACUCAGAGCUGGCACUGAGGGAGCUGGAUCAGUGUCAAUGACUUGCCACAUGUACAUGUAAAGGGUGACUCGGUGAUGGGAUACUAGCCUCUGCUGCGUUAUUUUAGACACCAUUUCUAGUUGUUACGAAUUGGUGUUAGUGUUACUGCUGCGUUGCCAAUUUUGUUUCCCUGAAACUUGUGGGCAAACUGAGGAGUUGUUAGCAGACUCAUAUUUGAAUGUAGAUGGAUGAUUUUACUCUGAUCACACUAUCAUUGCAUUAACUAACUGUGCGUACAGAUUUGAUCGUGGCUGUAGAGGUGAACUUGAACUGAAUUUCUUCCAUAGUGUCCGCUCCCAGUUUAUUUGCAAUGUAUAUGGCCAACUAUUUUAAAUUAUCUAAUAAAUUAUAGGAUAACUUGAACUGAGAUAUUACAGCACUAGGUAUCUUAAUUUAUUUAACAUCAUGUGAUUACCCUCCAUGAGUAGUUCAAAAUUUGUUGGGUGAAAAGUUGAUCUUUUAUGUAUUAAACCCUAAUAGUAAUGACUUUAAUCAUGUUUGUCACGAAGAAACAUGCAUUCAAAUCCUUUGAGUAAAUUGAAGGAUAUUAAAUAAAUGUUAUAACUGGAAAAAUUAUAAACAAAUUAAGAAAAUUACCAAAAUGCUAACACUGCUGUUAAAUUUGUUUGUCUUCACUGCUAAAAUGUAAUUUUUUGUAUGUUAACAAAUAAUGACUACUUGAUUCUUCGUCGAACCUUUCCCCCCCUUGAGAAUGUGAUUUUUGAUUUGUGUUAUGUUAAAUAUAAAUAAACUAAACUAAAGUCA